GGUCAUGAUUUGCUUGUGCCAGGCCUUGCGAAGCCCAAAUGCUAACCAGUUCCAUUCUUCUUCUUGCUUUCUCGGGAACGACAUUCUACCCAGCCACUGAAACGGUGUAGAAAUCUCGCCUUGCAUAGGCAAUUUUAAGCAGCCAUUCCAUUUGGGGGGUUUCAAUUCUUACAACCUUAGUGCCAUGUCAUUUGGGUAUAGGUACCAUCCCUUAAUUGCCUUCAGCCCUCAGCAAUACGAUCAUUGACGGAAGUAGUAUCGGCGACUUGAUCGCCAUCGCAGGGCUGAUCGAACGCAUCGUCGUCGAGGUAAAGUCGUACAAAGAGGCGCCGCAUCACUUCCAGCGGCUCGCAAUUGAACUAGGCUUUCUGUCAAAAGUUUGCCAUCAGGCGUUCCAUCUCAUACCGAGCCGCGUCGAUGAGCAAGCCAGGCUCGAGAGAGUCCGGGCGAUUGCGUUGCAAUGCCUCGGGCCCUUGCAGGAAUUCGAAAGAAAGAUGAGGAGCUACGAGAAUACUUUAGACCCCGGAAAUUGCAUAGACAAGAGUAAAAAAGGUUGGAUUAAGAGCUUCAAGAAGCGAUUGCAUUGGUCGGCUAUCGCCCGCCAUGAGGUGGAUGAACUUCGCGCAAUACUAACGAGUGAGAUCUUGGCGAUCAAUACUCUGUUGACGAUGCAGAACUGGGAAAGUCUAACACCAGGAAAUACCACAAAUAAUCCCUUUGCCGAUCAUUUGAAGGCGCUGAUCACAACCACGGAGACCGCUUCUCAUGAAAUUGAGACCUGCCUCCUCGAAGCCAAGGCUGGGUCUGAACGACUCGAGAAACUCGUGGUUGCUGCGAACUUGGCGCAAGUCGAACAAGAAAGCACCCUAAAGUUGGUCGAGCAGAACGCUGAAAAGACAAGUAUCGUUCUGGAUGCCGUCACUAACACAGUGGGGGCGGCUUCAUCACAGCUUGUCAGACUUUUCUCCCUUAAUGAGCACCUGGAGCGAUGGAUCAAGGCUGUCGUUCAAUAUUGCAAUGAAAUCAUUGGUCUCGUCCAGCGAAAUACCCACAUACUGCUCUCACUCCACGACGUCGUGACGAGGUUGGAGUCAGCAAUGAGGGUGCCUGGCGUAAACUGCCCGGUUCUAGAAUUUGAGAAUCCCUUUGGUAUCAAAAUGGCCCUUCCAUUCCAAAUGUGUGACACCUGGGAGGGUCUAUGCCGGCUGCUAAUCGUGAUGUUCUACAACAAGCCGGGCCUUCGCCUCGUCGAGCGCCGACGAUUUGUUGUUAUGCAAUCACGGACAAAUAUGCCUAUCAAGCCAGAAAAUUGGUCAACAUCUGUGGUUCCGGGAGAUUCACUCAAUAUGUCAAUUCUUUUGGAACGGCUUGGCAGCCAGUCCACCGAAUUUUCAUGUCCUAGAUGCGACUACGUAUUUGACUCAACAACAUCUGGUUUUCGGCGUGGAUACCAAUGCCCGAAAUGCCUCCUUUGGUCAGAUACUGCAGACGGAGCGCAGUUAGGCAUCUCGUCCGAUUCUAGCAGUCUGGCGGUCCCAUUGCCCCCUCCUGAACCUGUACAUUGGAAUUCGUGGAAGGGGCAGUGGGCAUCAAGGUUCCAACGGCCACAGGCGCUGUCGCGAUUGCGAAACUCUGGAAUGCCAUUUGACAGAAGUCCCUCUGCUAGCACCGACGAUGAAGAAGUGGAUGUAUCCGCCUUUCGCCGUGUUCACGUCAUUCCAUUCGAGGGAGAUCUUCUGCGAUCUCUCGUCAGGAUCGGAACUUCAUGUCGAGACGUCGUUCUCAAGUACUCAUCAAACUUCGAACCAAACAGCCCUCGGCUCCCUCCCGAGAGAGUUGUAGAAUUCAAGAGACUCAUCCAAGAGCUAAACGAGCUCAAGGCGACUGGUAUUUAUCCCCUCGCUGAAUUGAGUGCGCGCCAGGGGACAAAGAGUCACAAAGAAGUCCUAGAGCACUGGAUAAAGAGAACUGCCCAGGUAGUAUAUCAUCCCCUUGACGACCCAUUGUUCCGUGCUAGAGUAUCCCAUGAUGAGAUAUGGGCAAUCCACCAGUGGCUGUCCAACCCUGCACCGCUUGAACUGACACCAAACACACCAGAAUUUGGGUCCAGCUCCUUCCGUGAUGAGCAUUGGAGAAACCAGCAUGCUUUGCGGUUUGCCACUAGGCAGGCUAAAGUUCAUCUUCCUCUCGCUCAACUAGCCUUACACGACGGCUCAGCAUGGGCAUUGGAAUCUGGGUGCAGCAACGGAAGCUACGGCACAGAAUGGCAGCCAGAAGAUGACUAUUAAUUUAUAUAAACCUAUAGCAUUUCUUUAUAAUACGGCUUAUUAUUAUAAACAGAUUAGAAUAGGGAAUAUCAAGAGGAAUAGGGGAGUAAUGCAUUCUUUAAAAAGUCAAUAUAAAUAAGUAUAU